AUGGGGCGCCGUCCUGCUCGUUGCUACCGGUACUGCAAGAACAAGCCGUACCCGAAAUCUCGUUUCUGCCGUGGUGUCCCUGACGCCAAAAUCCGUAUCUACGAUGCGGGUCGCAAGAAGGCAGAUGUCGAGGAAUUCCCCGGUGUCGCUCACCUCGUCUCCGAUGAGUACGAGCAGAUCUCUUCAGAGGCUUUGGAAGCUGCCCGUGUGUGUGCCAACAAGUACAUGAUCAAGAACUGCGGUAAAGAUAACUUCCAUCUCCGCAUCCGCGUGCACCCCUUCCACGUGCUUCGUAUCAACAAGAUGCUUUCCUGCGCCGGUGCUGAUAGACUUCAGACCGGUAUGCGUGGUGCGUUCGGAAAGCCCAUGGGUUUGGUCGCCCGCGUCGACAUUGGCCAGAUCCUCAUGUCCAUCCGUACCAGGGAGAGCAGCGUUGCGACCGCCGUGACCGCGUUACGUCGCGCCGCCUUCAAGUUCCCCGGCCGCCAGAAGGUGUUUGUUUCCAACAAGUGGGGUUUCACCAAGUUCACCAAGGUCGAGUACAAGAAGUGGCAGGCUGAGGGUCGCAUCGUGUCUGACGGUGUGAGCGCCAAGUGGAUCUCCACCAAGGGCCCCUUGGCGCACACCUUCCCGACUGCUGCGGACAUCACCAUCCCGAUCCCCAACUAA